AUGGACGUUAAAUUCAAGGCACGCUCGCUAUGGAAUACUGGAAAGGAGGUGACGAUUCGAUGUACGAAGGCGUUGACGAAUGGAAUCCGCUUCUCCGAGAUGUACUCAAUCCACGAAUCAUUCCUUCGUCCCAUCACUCCGUCAUCAGUCGAAUAUCCAGUUGAUUGUAUUGUCGCCUUCUUCCUAUUCCAUCUCUAUCUUCUCUAUAUUCUCAUCUUUGCUGUCUCCCUCGAAAUUCUCAAGAAAUUCAAGACAAAAGGCUCGGGAAUCGCACCGAUCACUGGGUGUCUGAAGGAGAAGGCGUCCGUUUGGUUGACAUAUUUCUUCGUUUUUCAGUCGAUUUCUAGAAUGACUUUCGGGAUUGCCACGUUGGAUCGAGUCAUGGGAUGGGCGUUUCAAGUGAAACCGCAGAUUAAUUUCAAGCCACAGAUUAAAAUCGGAAAAAGCAAGUCGAACGAAAGUGUGGUGUCUGUGAAGAGUAAAAUUGGAACCGAGUUGCAUGUUGGAUUUGAGUCGGAAGAUGAAGAUACCCGAAAAACGAUCAAAAACCUCGGAAAGAUCAAGAAAAGUGUCAGUUUCGCGUCGGAUAUGGCUGAUGCGAUGAUUAUGGGCCAAAAAGAAGACUCCGAUACUGAAAAAGAGGAGUGGAAAGAUGCUGCUACUUCGGAUUUCUCGAUUGCUGGUCAGGAGGUUGAUUCGUCGUGUAUGGUGCAGAAGUGGUUGGAGAAUACGGAGUCGAUGAAUUCAGAAGACGUCAAGAUGCAUGUGAUUAAGUUGGUGGCAGAGAAUGAGAAGAUGAAGAGGGAAUCGUUCUGGUACAAGCCGUCGGCAAUCAAUGAAACGGGUGCGUAG